AUGGAUUCGAAUGACAGCUACCAGCAAGGCCCGCAGGACCAUCAGCAGCCAGGGCAUCAUCAUCAUCCGCAGCAGCAGCAGCAGCCGCAGCAGCACCAGCAGCAACCGCAGCAGCACAACCACCCCGCAGCUGGUAAUCGGUCUCUCGUGAGUUCAGACAAGAUUGAAUCCUUGAGAAUACUGGAAACUCACACAGAAAAGAGCGCUAUUAGCCGAUACCCCUUCCUCCAACAUCCGACCAACGCCAAUCUUGGUCAAUGGGCAGCAUCAGCAGCACCAGCAAUCACCGGACACCAGGCUGCCGCACUCCUCCACCACACGCAGAAUCAUGCGACAGGUGUCGCGACCCAUUUGUCUAGCCAGGGUGUCACGCCGACCACACGCGAGAAUAGGGUGCAAACCCAUCUGGCCUUCCUCCGAAACCACUGGCCUAACGGCCGAUGGCACCCCCCCAACUGCACCCCGACCACCGACCCGCCGCCCCUCGAUGUCCUAACGCCAAUGGUGACCCUUACGGAGCAUUGGGAGAGCCAUGCAGGAGGACGCCCCCUUUCCGACCUCUGGGCCCCGUCGCCCGUGGCAGCCAACCGAGGUUUACUCUGGCAGAUCGUCGAUGCGAACCGCGCAAGAAGCCUCACGAGGCGUGUCGCCGAAGCCGCCCUACGGCGUGUAAAGGUGCUUUUCCCCGCCCCGGCGCCCCUUGCAAAGCAGCCUGCCGCCGCUCUCCCUCAGUCAGAGGCCAACCCGGACCCAGAGAAGCCCCGGGCCGCCCAGAUCGUCGCCGCCGUCGAAGACUUUGCUCCCUCUCCCCUCCGCCAGAUCCAGAUCAAGCCCGAUCCCGGCCGCGACGGCAACCACAUCUUCUCCCAGGAGCCCGAGCACAAGCGCAACCGCACCCCGUCUCCGCCGCCGAUGCCCGAUGACGGAAACGAGUCCGACGUGUCUCUGGACGGAGUCCUGGGCGACCUCUUUGCCCAACCAGGAAUCCCGCUCGCGCCGACCACCAAGAAGUACAAGAAGAUUCGGGAGACGGGGCUGGCCUUGGCCAAGAAGACGAAGGCGAAGGCCGAGGCUUCUGCGCGCCGUCGUUACUCCGCCGAAGAGAAAGCCGCCGCCGCCAUCGCUGAAGCCGCCAGUAUUGGCAAGGAGGGGCUUGGCGCAGACAAGAUCGACGAGGUGGCCAAAGCCCUAGGAGACGCUGCCUCAAAAGCCGUCUCCCGAGUCGCCAAGCGCCAGUAUGCACACCUUCUGCCGCCUGGCCAGAGAGCUGUGAUGACGAAGCGGGCAAGACGUCGGAUUGAGGAUAUGGUGUCGGAAUACCUGUGA